CUCUCCCGGAGCUGCUCCGAGGCCUCGCUCCCGCUGCAUUCCCGGCACAGCCUCUGCGCCCUCCUCACCUUCCUGAGCUUCACCUCCCACCUGCCCGAGCGCCUGGCACCAGGGAGCUUCGACUUCAUCGGGCACAGCCACCAGGUUUUCCACGUCUGCGGGAUCCUGGGAACGCUGUUCCAGCUGGAAGCCGUCUCCGUGGACAUGGCGGAGCGGCGGGGCCGCCUCCCGCUGCCCUCUGCCCUGGGAAAAAUCCCACUAAAGCCGGGAUUGCCUCGGCUUCCCGGGAGCAGUCCCAUCCCAGAGGCGUCCGCUGGGGAAUGGGAUCGCCUGGGAAUAUUUCUUUGGGAAUUUCCCAAGGGAAAACUGCACUGGUUUUACCCGUGGAUGGGCUGGGAAAUGCUUCCCAUCGCGUUGUUAUCCACAGGGAAAGCGUCAAAUAAUCGGGAUUUGAUCCCUGAAAAGGGAGGGAAGCAUUCAUGCUUCCCAAAAAAAAUCUGGGAUCCCUCAGGUCUGAUCAAGGGAAUGCUGGCAUCGCCAGCUGGGAGAUUCCCGGUGAAGCCAAGCACUCCUUAAUUCCCAUUUCCCCUUGGAUGUGGCAUUCCUUUGGAAUGCCAAGCCUUGCACUCAGCCCGAGUGCCUGGAAAAGUGGGAUGGGGCGACUGGGGUUUCCCUCCCCGUUUAAUUCCCACUGUUUUUGCUCUUUAUCCAGUAAAAGGGAUUCCAGGAGAUCCCCAAUGAGAUGUUCCUGCAGGAAAGCUCUGCCAGGGUCUCAUUCCGGGAAAUCCUGGGAAGUUCAUUGCUGUGGGAAUUCUGAGUUUCCACAGCGGGGAGGAUGGAAUUAAGGAAUUAGGAAUGAAGGAAUUCCAUCCUGGAUCCUGGGAUUUGUGGUGGGAGGUGGGAGAGGUCCACACCCACCCUCCCAGGAUUUGGGAUCCUUUAGGAAAAGGUUUGAAUGUUUUGGGAUUGGGAUCUG